AUGGUGCCCACCACCGCAGGCGGGUUGCCGGUCGCGGCGCCGUCGUCGACGGGUUCGCCGCCAUCGCCACCGUCGCCGCCGCCCGAGGGCGACGUCUCGAUGGACGACAAGGGCUCGGACGACGAGAGCUACCACAGUGGCAGCAUGAGCACGUCCAACGACGAGAAGGCGCAAGGAAGCGGCAGCGGCUCGGAUGAUGAUGGAAGCGAGCAAGAGAUCGACUACAAGAACUUUACCGGAUCAGCGACGAGCCCGACGGCGCUGCACGCGCCCAUAAAGCGCGAGGUUCUCCCCGAGCACCUCGGCCCGCUCGAGAUCCUGCGGUCCAUGGUCGAAGUCGCGCAAGCCUGCAGCUUUCUCCGUGUCUUUGGCGCGGUCCUCAAGAUCCCGCCGAUCUCGCGCACGGACCUCGAAAUGGCGCUCAUCCAUGGCGAAGACGUGACGUCGGGCGCGGCGAAUGCGAUCCUUGCCGAGGUGCACUACCGGCUCUGUCGUGACGCGGGGCAGAAGAUCGAAAAGGCCAAAAUGUGCCACGAGUGGGAGCGCAUCCUCCAGCGCAAGCUCGGCGACGGCAACAACUGGCAGCGCCACUUUGCCGUCAACCCGAUGCCCGGCGAGUACAAGGACGUCGGCCUCCGCGAACGCGCGCUCAUCUUGCAGUGGCUCUGCGAAGGCCGGUUGCAAUCGUGCAGCGACAUUCGCAAGCACGUGGCCGCGCUCUCGGCGCCGAGCAAGGACAAAGACGACGAUGAAAAGUUCAACCAGCUCCGGCCCGAGGCCCUCGGCGAGGACGACAACGGGUCUAUUUAUUGGUUCUUUCACGACGGCUGCUGGGUCUACGCCGAAGACAAACCGCUCUGGCAGCGAAAGCCUGCACCGGUCAAUUGCCACGUGCGGUACGCGACGCCGCACAAGCUGCGCAUCUCGAUGCAGUAUGCAAUCGAAAACAACGAGGGCAUGGCGGCGAUCCCGCUGCCGACAGACGAUGUCGUCAUGAUGGGCGACGACGGCGGCAGCCUCAAGCGCAAGCGUGACUCGUCUCGGAAAAAGAAGGACAAGAAAAAGAAGAAAAAGAAGAAGAAAUCGUCGACGUCCGAGUCGUCGGGUCGCAAGGCAUCGAGCCGCAAGUCGUCCAAGAAGCCACGACUUGAUGACGACGACGAAAAGGACGAGCAGGAAGCGAUCAAGCCACCGCUCCCGUCAAUCCAAGAAGAGAUCACGACCAAAUCGAAACCCCAUGGCGAUGACGACGCGCCAGAGACCCAUGUGCUCUGCCACCUCUGCAACAAGCUGUACGACAUGGCACUUUUGGACCCGCCGCUGCUCAAGAAGCCGCAUGGCGACUGGAAGUGCUUCGAGUGCCUCGUCAACGACGCCCGCGGGUGGCCUCGCCGCCGGCAACCACGUCAAGCGCCACCGCCGCCGACGGUCGUCGACCGGAAAAAGCCCAAGUCGUCAUCGUCGACCAAGUCGUCGUCGUCGUCGUCCAAGACGAAGAAGAAGAGCAGCAGCUCGUCGUCGUCGGUCAAGAAAUCGAACGCGACCAGCAGCAGCAGCUCCAAGAAGAAGAGCAGCUUCAAGAAGAAACACCACUCGUCGUACCCGCCCGAGUACAAGUACCUCCUCGAGAUGUACAAUACGCGCAAGCGUCAGCGCGACGCCCAAGAGGCCGAGAACCUCGCGAUGGGUCUGCCCGAUCCGCCGUCGGGCCCGAGCAACUGGCGCGUUCUCAGCAUGACCGUGGACGGCCUGCGUCACGUGCUCGACACGCAGUUUGCUCGUGAUGGCUCGGUCGCCCAGCAGCGACUCAAGGGCCGAUUGAUUCAGAUCCUCAAGGCGGGCGAGGCCGCGCAGGAAGCGAUGGAGAAGAAGCAGCACCAGCAGCACUUGCUGUGGCAGAUGCAAAGCCUUCCGCGCCGGGCGUCGUCGCGCAUCGCAACCACGCGCAUCAAAUCACAAACGAGCGAGCACGACGACUCGGCCGACGAGUCGUGGGACGAGAAGCCGUCGGAGCGCCUCGUGCGGCUCGCACGUCGCACGAGCAACAGCUCGGACAGCAACCUCACGCCCGCCCAGCGCGAAGAGCAGGCGAAGCGCAAGCUGGCCAUGGAGCGGGCGCACCGCGCGUCCCGGCGGCAGCGCGAGUGGGACGACGACGACCAAAACGGGUCGUCGGCCGAUGAGUCGCGGCGCCACCGACGGACGCGAAGCACGCGCAGCCACUCGAACGCGUCGUCGUCGUCGUCCUCGACGUGGGUCGACUGGUCGCACGUCCAAGCGUCCGUGUACCCGCUGCGCACGGUCUGCCUCGCGCUCGUUGACGCCAUCAUCAAGGAAGAGAAAGCGCCGCUCUUCUCACGCCCGGUCGACCCGAUCGCGGAUGGAUGUCCCGACUACCUGCGCAUCAUCCACCACCCAAUGGACCUCGGCACGGUCAAAGCACGGACCAAGUCGGGCUACUACACUACGUGGACCAGCUUCAAGCACGACAUGGACCUCAUCUGGAGCAACUGCCGCAUGUACAACUCGGAGGGCGCGCUGAUCGUCGAGUAUGCGAAUGCUCUCGAACGCGUCUGCGCCGGCUACGUCCUCGAGGCCGAGAAGCACGGCGUCGAGACCAUGGCGGAGGACGAUGCGACGCGCAGCAAAAGCGCGGGCAAGAGCGACGAAGACGAGGAAGAGUACGACGCCAAGUCGGAGGCGUCGAGCGACAAUGAUGACGACGACGACUCGAGUGACGACGACUCGAGCGAGUCGAGUUCGAGCGAUGCACCGCCGCGUCGGCCAAAGCGUGCGGCCGUGCCCAAGCCGACGCCCAAGCCGACGCGGUCGAUGGUGCGCCGCGCGCCGCCCAAACCCAAGGCCAAGCCGGACGUCUGGGAGAGCGACGAGUCGGACAAGCCCGCAAAGAAACCCGUGGCGCGCCAACCCAAGGCGCCGCUGAUAACGCCGUUGCCACCGCCCAUCACGUCGAAGACCAAGGCGGCGGCCGUCGUCACGCGGCCGCGCAAGACCAAGACGAUCAGCAGUAGCAGCAGCAGUAGCUCGAGCAGUAGUAGCUCGAGUUCGAGCGACUCGGACGCCAAGAAGCCGGCAAGUAGUCCCGUGCCGCCGCCGCCGAUGACGCCGCCGCCACCACCGAAAGCGCCGUCGCCGCCGCCGCCGCCCGCCUCCUCGACGACGCACCACCGCAACGGUGCCCUCUCGGGGCACUCGGAAACCUUGUACCAGUCGUCGUCGUCGUCGUCGUACUUUUCGUCGUCAAGCAGCGACGACGACGACAACGACGACAGCAGCGAUAGCAACGACAGCGAUUAGGAAGCGUGCCCGUGUAAUUUUGCUCUCGACUUGUUUCGACCCCGUGUACAACGCCGAGAGAUAUAGAUGUAUUACUGUU